CCAGCGGUCCAUGAACGCAACACCACACCAUAUGUCAAACAUGGCGACAUGCUUAUUUACAAGUGCUGCAUUUAAAAACUUUUUUGUGUUGACGCCGGUGGCGCGGCAUUACUCUACAAAGAAGAUGGGUUUCGUCGUUCCUUGUCGCUUUUCCCAUAGAUCUCGGAGCAGCUUGUAUGACCAUGUCCGUGAAGGAUACAGUGACAAGCCGGAGCUGGACAUGAGAGCAGUGUGUGAAGACACCGACAAAGUCAUAGCUAAUGUAGAGAGCAGGAAGGGCGAGCUAUGCGGCGAAGACGUCAGGCUCAUUGCGUGUGUGUGGCAGAAGCUCCAGGCAGUAAGAACAGAAAUCGCUGAGCUGGAACAGCAGAAGCAGCACAUUAGUGGAACAGUCAAAGCUUUAGUGGCAAAGCACACAAAGCAAGUUCUGACCAACCUUCCAGAGUACAACCGGGCUCUGCUGAAAGGUCGAGACAUCCGCGGUAGACUGAACCAGCUGUAUUCCCGAGAGACCGAGCUGGAUGAGGAACACUAUGGCCGAGCGCUGCGUCUGCCCAACACUUCACACCCUGAUGUUCCCAUCGGAGACGAGAGCCAGGCGAGGGUGGUGGAGCUGGUUGGACAGAAACCAGAAUUUGACUUCAAGCCCAGAGGCCAUGUUGAACUGGGGGAGGAGUUGGGUCUCAUCAGACAGAGAAAUCUAGCUCACGUCUCAGGCCAUAGGUCCUACUAUCUUAGAGGGGUGGGCGCCAGACUUCAGACUGCGCUCCAGAAUUUUGCACUUGACACACUGCAACGUCAUGGCUUCAUUCCCAUGGUUGUACCUGACAUGCUGAAGGGAGCAGUAUUUGAGGGAUGCGGCAUGCAGCCCAAUGCCCAUCGCUCUCAGGUCUAUUCACUGGACCCGGCUCGGUUUCCCAACUUAAGUCUGGCUGGAACUGGAGAAGUUGGAGUGGCAGGCUACUUCAUGGAUCACGCAGUUAACUUCAAGGAGCUACCUGUCAGGACAGUGUGCAGUAGCACAUGCUACAGAGCAGAGACUGACACAGGAAGAGAGACCUGGGGCCUCUAUAGAGUUCAUCACUUCAAUAAGGUCGAGAUGUUUGGUGUGACGGCAGACGAGACAGGCGACGAGAGCACUCAGCUCCUGGAGGAGUUUGUGUCUUUGCAAAAAGAGAUGUUUUCUGCAUUGGAGCUGCACUACAGAGUGCUGGACAUGCCAACGCAGGAGUUGGGUCUUCCAGCUUACCGAAAGUAUGACAUCGAAGCCUGGAUGCCUGGCAGGAACAGUUAUGGAGAGAUUUCCAGUGGGUCCAACUGUACCGACUACCAGAGCAGACGACUCAACAUCCUGUAUGAGAGAGAGGAUGGCAGCCUGCAGUACGCCCACACAGUGAAUGCGACAGCAUGUGCCAUCCCCAGAACAAUCAUUGCCAUCCUAGAGACUCACCAGACCAAAGAAGGCUUUGUGCGUGUCCCCGCAGCCUUGCAACCAUAUUUGGGCCUUCAAGUCAUUGAAAGACCAGCGUACACUCCACUGAAGUACAUUGGUCCAAACCAACCCGACCGCCCACCCAGGCCUGCUCCCAAGAUUAGGUGACGUCGGUGUCGGGAAUAACACAUAAAACAGCACAUAUUUUUCCACUUUGCCGCGAACAGAGUUUCUUGAGUCCUGCUUUGCUGGCAACUCUUAAAGCAUCAUGAAUUCCACGUCAAUCUUCCAUCAGCACCACUGAUUGAUCAUCCCUUCAUUAUCAAUCAAUGGUUACCCUUUGAGGCGUUUGGCUGUGGUUUUAGUUUUUUUGGGGGCCAGACUAAGAGGAAUUAUUUCAUCAAAACGCAUCUUCUUGAACAGGGGUGUCAAACCUGCUUACAUUGGGGGCCACAUCCAAGUAACCACCAAAUAACUGCUAUAAAUAUUUGCUUCAUCAUAAAAAAAUAAUACAGAAAUCAAGGAAACAGUGGCAGAACCGUUUUUUUUAUGUCCCGUCUUGUUACAUCAAAUGUUGUUGGAGUUCAAAUUUUCUGCCAAAAUUGAAAAGAACUACUGCAUUUAGGAAGAUUGAUGACUGAGUAACCAACACCAAGUUACGCCCACCAGAGGUUUAGCACAGCCUGCAUGCAUGUCUGCAUUUCUAAAGACACCCGUGUGUUUCUGAGGAAAUGUGGAAAUCACCACGUCUAAAUCAUCAAAUACAUAAUGUUGCAAAAGCUGAAUGGCACGAAGGCUUUCUGGAUUAUCAUUUCUAAUCUUGUUGGUAUUGUUUUCUUGCAAAAGGCAGCCAUUGCCAUACUUCUGCAAUUACCCCAAAAGGUGGCCACAGGCCGACCCGGAGAAACUACUGUAUGUACCAUCAUCAUGCACUCAAAACAUGAAAUAAAGUUUUGUGCAACAGC